CUCCCUUCCUCCCACCCCGGGGGCUCGGUUUCUGCCGCUGUUGGUUCGAGCCUCCAGGGGAUCCUUUGUACUAGUCGCUUGUGGCCACACAGUCUCUAAUGCAAUACGUUCCCACCCACAAUAUUCAGCCCCACUCGAACCAACUCAUACACCCGCACUUCGGCUAUGUGAUCCUGGUGUUUAUCUACAGCUGGAUCAUGUUGGCUUACCUGGGAAUGAAAGUGGGCCUUGCCAGGAAGAAAUACAAUGUCAAGUAUCCAGACAUGUACAGUGAUAAGGAUCCAUUAUUCAACUGCAUCCAACGAGCACAUCAAAGUACGGUGGAAAUAUAUCCUCAAUGGUUGAUCUUCCAACUGAUAGCUGGAGUUGUUUAUCCGAUCAGUGCUUCUUUGCUUGGCAUCAUCUGGGUAACUAGUCGAUUUACAUAUGCAUGGGGAUAUUACUCAGGAGUGCCAGAGAAAAGAAUGAAUGGUUCCUAUGGAUACAUUGGUCUACUGGGAGUUAUUUUUCUGUCUCUGGUUGUUGCAUUUAAAACCCUUAUUUCAUCAGGAUAAAGAGUCAUUAUACUUCUACUACUAUGAUGGACGUAGGAAUAAAAAAAAAUCAAUGACCGACAGCACAGCUGUAGUUCUUUAUAUGCUCAGCCAUUUUGAAAUGAGGAUCAUCUUCACCACUUCUUUGUUUAAUGACUAAUCCCUAUCAAGCAUUGUCAGCUGUUGAUGGGUGUUUUCUUAAAUGUCAAUGUUAAUGUCAUAGAAUAUGUUAAGCAUUCCAUUUUGAUUAGGCUUUGUGGGAUAACAGGUUUUCAUUCUUUCUGUUCAUUUAACAAAAGAAAAAUGAUGCAUUGCAAAUUAUAGAAAAGUUGUAUUUUACAGGCUGGACAUUUGUAGUUCAAAUCCCCAGACCAAAAAAAAACACAUAAUUGAACUGGCUGUUAUAUUCUCUGCUGUAACUUGGAAAUCUUCUUCGCUUAAGUGCAUGUAAUUCCCAAUUUAAUUUUAUUAUGUAAUCUUGAACUAAGAUAACUUUAUUCUCCCUUCAGAACUCAUCAGUUGAAUAGUUUUCAAUCUGACCUUACAAAAGGUGGAAUGUAUUAUGAUAUGUUGAAAUUAAAUCAACAGGCAAACAGAAUGGCAAAGUGUAUAUCAGGCUGAUGAACAGGGGUGAUUCAGAACAUUCACAACUUGAAAAGUUACCUCUGAACUAUGGAAAUUUUUUUUAGGGAAAAAAAAACAAUUCAUUGAUCUGUACAUUUCCAGUAUCUGUUAUUAAAUUUUUCAGCACCCUUAGUUUAAUUUUUUGCAUAUUAAAUAAUGAAAUGGCUCAAAGUAUAA